AUGAUCAGACCUCAGGCCCCUGUUGGAACCCACGAUCAGACCUCAGGCCCCUGUUGGAACCCACGAUCAGACCUCAGGCCCCUGUUGGAACCCACGAUCAGACCUCGGGCCCCUGUUGGAACCCAUGAUCAGACCUCAGGCCCCUGUUGGAACCCACGAUCAGACCUCAGGCCCCUGUUGGAACCCAUGAUCAGACCUCAGGCCCCUGUUGGAACCCACGAUCAGACCUCAGGCCCCUGUUGGAACCCAUAA